UUGUCUAGAAGAGUUUUUUUCCUCUCUCUCUCUUCUCUCACUAUAAUCUUUGAGAGAGAGAGAGCACUUUUUCUCUCCAUCUGUAAAUAUUUCCGAUCAAAAUCGGAUCUUCUCUUCCGUUUAUCGGAGAAUAAUCUUCGGCUUUGACCGAUAAUAAUUUUCCGACAUAGUCGGAUUGUGUGUUUGCCCUUUCUUCUCUGACUUUUGGAACCUCUUAUAAGUGAGGCGGUGAUAAAAUCCGGUGUGAAAGUUCGUGAUUCUACUUCUUCAAUUUAGGUAUCAUCCUCUCUUGAUAGGGAGAACUCUCCCCAGAAUCCCAUCGUGAGCCUUUAAGGCAAAGGGAUCAAUCCAGAGUUGCAGAUGAUUGGUGGUUUUUAUGAAGAAGCUAGUUUGCUGUUCAAUUUUUCACCGGAUUUCAAUGGAGAAGAAAAUAAACGAAGAAGGAACAACAGAUUCAAGGUGAAUGCAGUCCCGAUUGGAGUUUUAACUCAGUUUAAACUCUUCGGGUUUCGGUUUUACGGCGGAGCUCUAACCGGCGAAGCAUCGACAGCAUCUUCAUCCCGUUGCCGACAUUCAACCCAGACCUUCCACGUGUUUACCAUGUCUCCAUAUUAUCAAUCUUUAUCUUCUUUGAUUUGGGUUAUAAUUGGGUUUUUUUAAAAGUUGUGGGUCUUAACAUCUGUUGUAAUCUGCUCGUUUAUGGGCUUAAUAUCAAUGCAAAAUGACGACAAAAAAAAUCAUCAUCAUAAUUUUCGAACCAAUAAAAAAAACAAAAACCAAUUUCUUUUUCAUGGCGGAAGAAGAGACGAUUCGACCGGAGUUUCCAAUCACAAGGGUGAAGAAGAUCAUGAAACUCGACAAAGACAUCAACAAAAUCAACUCGGAGGCACUUCACCUCGUCACCUACUCCACCGAGCUCUUCCUCCGCUUCCUCGCCGAGAAAUCUUCGCUAGUUACGGCGGAGAAGAAGCGGAAAACGGUUAACCUCGAUCAUUUGAGAAUCGCCGUGAAAAGACACCAACCCACGAGCGAUUUCCUCCUCGACUCUCUCCCUCUCCCUUCCGCUCAGCCCGUCCGAGUCGCUAAAACUGUGUCGGAGAAGAAGCCGCCUCCUGUCGGUACCCGUCGCAUCGACCAGUUCUUCUCUAAAGGGAAGGAGAAGAAAACUGAUUCCCCCUAAAUUGAAAGUUCCUCUUUGCUUUUUUGGGUUUUGGUUAAUUUCUAGUGAGAAUCUGACCAUUUGGAUCGAGAUGAUAUGGCAUUUAUAAAGAUAUUAUCUUUCUUCUAUCUUUUAUCUUACAUGUUCAUGAUUCUCUAAUUUAGAGUAUAGAAGUGAAACAAUCAAAGCUAAGAACUUUGAUAAAUCAGUGUGAUAUUCCUCAGGUUUAACCGUGUGAU